CCGUCAGGAGAAGUCCAACCACUGGUUUCCAGCCAUUCUGACAAGAGAAUCAUAGAGAUAACCUUAUCCUAUUGCUCCCACAACCAGAAGCCUCCACGUAGGAUUCAAACGCUGACCUGGCAUCCCACACGCAUCUCCUAGCCUCUCAUCUCCCAUCUCAAGCUACUUCCACUCCCUCCUCUCUCUAUCCACGCUAAAUCCACCACCCAGAAAUCAAACACUUCGUCCACCACCCCGCCUCCCAGUAGCCACCACUUCUCAAUGGCAUCUGCUGCAAUGGCACCGACGUCCAUGGCCAUGCCGUCGCCAUGCAUCAAUAUUACUGAGAAAAGAGCCUUCUUAGGCUCCAAUGCCUUCCAUGCAACGAGAUCUUCACCAAAGGCUACCAUUGGUUUCAGGAGAUCCCACUGCGGCCUGGCGGUCCGGGCAUCAUCAUCAUCGCCAGCGAAGGAGAAGGCUGUCGCCGGGCUGACUGCAGCGGCGUUGGCUGCAGCCAUGGUGAUCCCCGAGGUGGCAGAGGCAGCCCAGCCGGGGAUCUCGCCAUCGCUUAAGAACUUCCUUCUCAGCAUUGUCGCCGGUGGAGUCGUGCUAGCCGUUAUUGUCGGCGCGGUUAUUGCGGUCGCCAACUUCGAUCCUGUCAAGCGAACUUGAAAGCUAUAUAUAUAUAUAUAUAUAUAUAUAUAUAUAUAUAUAUAUAUAUAUACAUAUAUAUAUAGAUGUUUGUUUGAUCUCCUUUUGUUCUUGCAUCAAUCUUGGGGUGGUGAUCAUGUCAUUGUAACUUCAUGUCAUUUGCUUUGUGAGUGGUAAUUCCAAGCUUAAUUACUCGAAUCUUGUGGGAAA